CCGUCCCCUUCGUGGCUUCGUCUCGCUCUCGCGUCCCCUCUCGACCUUUCCAUUAGCGCCAUCGAAAUCCAUCCGCGGCUACGCUCUCGCAAACCAUGGCUCGCCUCCUCGCGGCGCGAACCCUAACCGUGGCCCGCGCCGCGGCGGGCCCCUCCUCUGCCUUCCGCUUCCGCCCCUCCCGUGCCCUGUCGGCAAAGGUGGAGUUCGUCGAGAUCGACCUCUCCGAGGAGUCCCCGUCCUCUUCAUCCGGAGGGGGAGGCGCGGGCGACUCCGCCAAGGUGCAGGCGCAGAGGGGGUUGCGGCGCCUGGAGGACGCCAUCCACGGGGUGCUCGUGCGGCGGGCGGCGCCCUACUGGCUCCCCUUCGUGCCGGGGGCAUCCUACUGGGUGCCGCCGAUGCCGCGGCCGCUCGGGGUGGCCGACCUCCUCGGCGGGGCCGUAUACACCGCGAGGGGUGCCCCGGCGAUGACUGCUGAGGAGGCGAUGAGCUUCACCACCGUGCGAGGGUGGCCGUCCGCGGCGUACUUUGUGGAAGGAAAAUUUCCACAUCCUGUAAUGAGACCAAGAAACGAUGCUACUCAAACUGAUGAUGAGGAAAGCUAAUCCACCAAUGCUACUUUACCAGUCUACCCAGGGCUCCAAGCGGUGGCAGCUCGGAGCUGUGAAACACCACUGAUGGUUGUACAUAUAGAAGCUAGGGAGCCCAGCUACAAUGAAUCCCACCCCCCACCCACCCCCCUCUUUCAUCUCUUCGCUGGAAUAUGAUGCUUGCGCACUGCCAGGCAAAAGCCACGAAUGUAAUCCUUUGUAUUUCGCAGAACCCGGUGCGCUAGCACCUGAACAUGGGGUAAGAUUCUCAGUAGCUGCGAUGCUUGAUGUAAUAGUCUUAGUACCAUGUUUUUCCUUUUGAAUAAAAACAUGCGCUGGGCUUGAACCCUUGCGGCACAUGACAGGUCUCGAUGUGUAACAGUGUAAGGUCCAUUUGGUUGUGUGUUCUUUCGUACUGAGGUCGCAGUUUUUGCCGCUCAAAUGUUUC